CUCAUGACAUACCUGUGCACCCAAUAUAUGGCGACCACUGGUAGUGAAAGAUAAUUAUAAAUACCAUAAUAUAGAGAGAAAGGGUCACCGAAAUAGACGACUCAAAAACCUUAAGCUAUGAAUCGCAAGAAAACGCUUUACCAAUCGAUUACUAUUUCCCAACCAAUGAUAUGAGUGAUGGUCUUCUCGUGUGUCUUAUCUGUUGCCUCACAAUUGCCGUUCAAAUGGGCCGUCCAUUAGAGGGCCAGUUAUGAGGGUUGAGACAAACGAUGGACACGUACUGUAACAAACAAGAGCUUAAUUUUUAUCCAUUGAAUACUUUAAACCAUUUCUAUUGACACAAAACAUGUCUUUCUCCUCGCAUUUGUCGAAACAGCCGAUGGAAGUGUAUGUCGACGACGAGACCAAACUCACACUCCAUGGUCUGCAACAAUAUUACGUCAAACUAAAGGACACUGAGAAGAAUCGCAAACUCUUUGAGCUCUUGGAUGUCCUCGAAUUCAAUCAAGUGGUAAUAUUCGUGAAAAGCGUUCAAAGAUGUGUGGCUUUGGCUCAGCUUUUGGUCGAACAGAACUUUCCCGCAAUUGCUAUACACAGAGCUAUGACACAGGAGGACAGGCUCUCGCGUUAUCAACAAUUCAAGGACUUUCAUAAACGCAUUCUUGUGGCCACUAAUCUGUUUGGCAGAGGAAUGGAUAUCGAAAGAGUCAACAUUGUCUUCAACUACGACAUGCCAGAGGACAGCGACACGUAUUUGCAUCGCGUGGCCCGCGCCGGACGUUUCGGAACCAAAGGUUUGGCCAUCACUUUCGUGAGCGACGAGACGGACGCCAAGAUUCUGAAUGAAGUUCAGGACCGCUUCGAUGUUAAUAUUCCCGAAUUGCCCGAAGAGAUUGACAUUUCGAGUUACAGUAAGUUUUGA